CGUGCUCCUGCUGCUGAAACCAAACGACAAAGAUGCUCCAUUCUCAGGCUGCUUAAAAAACGUCUGCCGUGCUCUCGAAAGAAUCUCAACUUGCCUUCGCCUUGACUCUUCUGCAACCACCACGCGAUGCGACGGUGAGAACUGCGGCAGUCUCACUUUGGACACACGACUGAAGAAAAGGAUGUUCAGGUGCGGAAGACAAUUAGAUAGAUCACCAGUGAUACAACGACCCAACUUCUUUAGUGCACGAAAUUGGACUGAAAUUGGCAUAUUCAGUAUCAAGAAAAAGUGGUCCAUUUCAUUUUGUGAAUAACUGAAAACCGAUAUAGAUUAAUGUCAUAUCAUUUAAUUUUAGUAAAGAAAGAAAUAUAUUUUUUUAAUAUUGUUAAGUAGAUUACACGAAACUGUGUUGUGAAACUAUUGCCAAAUUAUUAAGAGCUGAAACAAUUGUCAUGCUAUUUAGAAUAUCGGAUUAUAUUGCAAUAGAACUGGGGAAAAUGAGACAUCGGUGUACCAAGAUGCAGCCGACCUUUGGACAUUCAGUUUCAAUUUUCAUGUUAAUGCUCCUUUCUUCUUCAUUCCUCAAGUGCCAAGUAGACGCUGCAGUGGUGAAUGCGGUUAACAAAGACUCAUCAUCAAUCUCGGACUUGGUUCCCAAUGAGCCCAUAAAAAUCAAGCUACUCGCACCAACAACCGUGUCCAAAAAGCACACGAGAACGAGGCAAAACAGCCGAUUUUUGCGAACUUUUCCACCCGUGGAACUUCUCGAUUUGGCAAGACAGGCAGCACUAACUAAUGAGAUUGAGCCCUUGAUGGACUACAAUAACGAUUAUAGAAACCCUUACGACUCUGACUAUUAUGGAAGUUAUGAUGGGGGCAUGGCCAUGGGGAAUACAUGGCCCGUGAACAAUAUGGAAAAUAGGAACUCGUGGCCAACCAAAGCUAAUCGAAUUGAUGCUGGAAAUUCGCCCAUUUUCUAUAUUAAACUUCCACCAGUACCCUACGUAUUUAUGCCUGGCGUGGGCUACGUGUCGCCUCAUCCGUACUCCAACUCGCCAUCGAUGCCCAUGUCAAUGUCUGCUGGACAAGGAAUGAUGCCACCAGGAUUUGGAUCGUUCAUUCCGACCGGUCAGGAGUCAUCAAUAGAGCAAAAUCAAAGCGUUAUUUCACUUCCACUGAAAUUCCUUUCCAACGGCCGACCUCAUCAAAUCGAGUCUCCCAAGAAGAAACGCCGGCCAGGAAUCAAAGAAAAUUCGUCUGAGAACAAAGCUGCUCUAAUUUCUGGAGGAAAGUAUUCGUUUAAUGGCCGACCGACAGCCGUGUUUGUCGUUCGAUCGCCUGUGGGUUCAAGAACUGCUGAAAAAUGAUCUUACCUGCAUAUAAAUAUUUACUUCUCAAAGACAAUUUCUGCCUACCAAAUGCAUUACCAGAAAUUGAAUCAACAUGAAUUUUAAAUCAAUGUUUCUCUUAAAUGCCAUUAUGCAACCUGUAGCUUCACCUGUCCUAGCAUAACUUAUAACAGAAGAAAGAAAUGUUUAUAAUAUAUUUUAGGUAAAUCUCAUUACACUCGCAAUUUUUACGUAACUUAAUAACUAACCGUCGUUAGGAAAAUAUGUAAGCCACAUACGAUGGCACAUUCGACCUUUGAAUAAUCCCGUCAUUUAUGUAACAAAAAUCAUAAAAUUGAUUAGCUUCACUUACAAUUGGGAUAACUAGUUUUCCGAUUAUGUGAAAUAUGUAUGUAUCGGUAUGUCGUAAAAAUUAUGUGCAUUAUCAUUAACCUACCAUUACGACCACAAUUCUUAAUAAAAAUGGCGUCCCAACUUUA